GCGGCGGCGGCGGCAGACAGCGAGCAGCGGGGCAACAGCAGGCGGACAGCGGUGCGAACAGCUGGAGCGGCAGGGGCGGUGCGGUGCGGUGACCUCUCCGAGCUGCGUCAAACCAGCAGGGGGGAGAGUCAACCACACCGGAAGUAAUGCUCAGUUGUUUGACCUCAAUGUGGAAACACAUGCAACGAAAGUCACAUUUCACGGCUGCUGGGUUGUGUGUUUGGGUGCGGGAAUGUCACCGGGGUUAUCUACAGGAGACCUCCCAGCUCUCAGUUCCAUCAUAUCACACUACGGUGAUAGUGUCCCGAAACCCGAGUGUCCCCCACUUUUCAACCAGACAAACAUUUAAAAGUUUUAUGAGAAGUCGGCCAGAGUGAUGAACUCAGACCAGGAAAGGCCGUUCGUGUGCAAUGCUCCUGGUUGUUCUCAGCGAUUCCCCACGGAGGACCAUUUGAUGAUCCAUCGACACAAACAUGAGAUGACCCUUAAGUUCCCCUCCAUAAAGAACGACAACAUGUUAUCAGACCAGACGCCCACACCGACACGUUUCUUGAAGAACUGUGAGGAGGUGGGAUUGUUCAGCGAACUGGACUGCUCCAUUGAGCAGGAGUUUUGCAAAGCCCAGGAAGAAGAGGACAGUAAACAGAACAUCUCAAUGCACGGCCAGACAGGCCAAGGCCAGCACCAGCAGUCCCACUCACGGAUGGGCAACCAUGACACCAGCAUAGUGAUCCAGCAGGCCCUGCCCUCCCCUCAGUCCAGCUCCGUCAUCACUCAGGCUCCAUCCACGAAUAGACAGAUAGGACCGGUACCCGGGUCUCUGUCCUCGCUGCUGCACCUACGGAACCGACCGAGACAGCCUCUGCCUGCCUCCAUGCCUGGAACACUGCCAGACCCAACUAUGCCUGGCUCCUCCGCUGUGCUGAUGCCUAUGGAGAGACAAAUGUCCAUGGGCUCCAAUAUGAUGGGUAUGCAAGGAGCCGCCCACAACAGCUCCUGCUCUUCCACUCACAUUCCCUCCAUGCACUCAGAAGCCAAACUGAGGCUGAAGGCUGCACUUUCACACCACCCUGGUGCCAUCGCCAACGGAAACAUGAACUCCAUGGGCCACAUGAUGGAGAUGAUGUCAUCGCGGCAGGAUCAAAGCGCCCACCAUCACAUGCACUCGCACCCGCACCAGCACCUGCAGGCUCCUCCCCCCCACGCGUACCAGCACCACGGCCAUCACCACCACAACCAGGGCCACGGCCAGGGUGGACACCACCACCCGCAGGCUCACAACCCCCAUCACAACUCCCACAAUCCCCACCUCCAUCCCGGCCACCCACACCAGACCUCACCGCAUCCUCCAAUGCACUCUGCCUCACAGAUGUCACCUGCGACCCAGCAGAUGCAGCCCACGCAGACGCUGCAGUCUCCACCCCCCAGCGGCGGGCGGCGCAGGCGGGUAGUGGACGAGGAUCCGGACGAACGUCGGCGGAAGUUUCUCGAGCGAAACAGGGCGGCGGCAACGAGAUGCCGACAGAAGAGAAAAGUGUGGGUGAUGUCGUUAGAGAAGAAAGCAGAAGAGCUCACUCAGACCAACAUGCAGCUUCAGAAUGAAGUGACCAUGCUGAAGAGCGAGGUGACCCAACUCAAGCAGCUUCUCCUCACACACAAGGACUGUCCCAUCACCACUAUGCAGAAAGAUUCCCAAGGUUACCUCAGUCCAGAGAGCAGUCCGGCGGGGAGUCCAGCGCCAGCGUGCUCGCAGCAGCAGGUCAUUCAGCACAACACCAUCACCACCUCCACCACGACUGUAGGGGGCAGCGGUGUGCACGGGCAAGCCAACCACCGCACAGACAUUAACCCCAUCCACUAGGGACCAGAGAGACAAUAAGCCCCCGGCUGUAGCCCCAAACUUCCUCCCUUGCUCCCCUGUUUUACGAGGGUCACCAGCUGCACAUGCUGCCCCCCCCCCAUCAAGAAAAACCUCAAAAGGCCUGUGAGGCUGUUCUUUAUACAGUAGCUACAGUAUGUAUUUUUAUAGACCAACCCUAUUAACGCAUAAAUGUUUUAUGGUUUGUUGCCUCUUCUUUGAUCUGCCUUUUUUGUACUUAGCAGAAAGGGAGUUUUGCUAAUCUCAUGCAGCAUUUUAGUGACAUUUUUCCGUGUAAUGGUACAAAAUGGACCACGGUGGUCGUGGAGCCAGAGGAAAAGACUGUUGUACUGUCAUCUCUCUUAAGAAGAGCUUACAUCUCUGUAUGCCCAAUGGACUGAUUACUGAGUCAAAUCCAGACGUAGACAGUGUGCUGAGUGGACGUAGCAUGUUUAAUCGUACAGAGGACUCUGAACAAGCGAGUGGGAUGUUGCUGCCUUUGAGUCGUCUCCUGAAACCAAGUCAAACUGUCGCCAUGAUGUCUUGAAUUCAGGAAUAUGCAAAGCAGGUGUCACGAUCCUUCUCUUUUUUCUAGAAAUGUAUAUGACUGUUAACCUUUUCCUUUGAGGUAGUCUCACAGAGCGUCAUGAUGUAUAGCAUGACAGUGACAGUAUACCGUACGAUCAAAUAGAAGCAAUACAUUUGUAUUGAUCUGGAGUAUCAAUCCUCUUCUCUACUGUAUGUCCACAUUGUGACCAGCGUGGCCAAGCCACUCCGGUCCCGAAGACAUACGGUGCCGUUACAGCUACAGAACUGUACACUGUGAUACCAGUGAGGCAGCUUGGGAGUUGGAACACACUCUUCCUCUCUCCAGGACCAACUGAAGCUUUAAUUAUUGAGGCCUCUUUAUUUUUUUGUGUGUGUCUAUGUGCAUCGGGAUCCACAUUUUGGAUUCAAAAUUCCAAAUGAACGUAACUUUUGAUUGCGUACUUCUGCAUAGUUUUGAGCGUGCAUGUGAAUUGUGUAUAGUAUGUGUUUGUGUUUUUGGCUUCUCUCCCUGCAGAACAAAGUUCAGCAGGUUUGCGUAAAGACCAAGAAACAAAAGAGUGAGAAAGAUUAAACCAUGGUUUUUAUUUUAUUUUUGAACUGGUAUCCCACACCGGCAGCGUUUAAGAGUUUCUAAAAGGGAGUGUAGUUUAUGCCUCUGCUUUCCAAAAUGUCACAAUGUGCCUGAAGUUUUCUUCAAAUCUUUUGUUGGCUUCCUAUAGACAACAGAACCUAUUUUGAUCACCAUAUAACUUUCAUCACUUUUCUUCAGUACAAUCAAGGCAUUGAUCACUAUUUACCCUGUUUUUGGCUUUGUCAUAGUUGCCUGCUGCAUGCUACUGCAGAGCAAAACCAGCUGACCAAAAGGAAAAAAAUAACCCAUGUUCCGUUUGACCUGUGACCUCUCCCCCUCUCUCUCAGGCCUCAGUAUUUCCGAUUGGCAUUUGCAUGUACGGACGAUGAUACUUGCUUGACCUUUUUUUUUUUUCUAUCUUCCUGCUCGCCUUGAAACUAAAUGCCUUCUCAUGUUGACCACAACUUCUCUCUCGUUCCUCCUCCCCAUGACCAGGAAUGUCAAUUCACUAGCAUGAUGACCAUAAUGCACUGUGUUUUACAGUAGGAUGGAUGAAAUACAUCACCAUAGAGCUGUCUAUGCACUUUGUCCUCUGUCAAGCCAGAGGGUAGAAUAGCCAUAAUGAGGUCCGAGUAAUUCUCAGCGAUGCCCUCUUGUCACACACCAGCGAGGAACGUAACUGUGUUUGGCUUUAUGGAGAAACUGUGCCUGGCAUACAUCAUAUGUCUAUAGAUAAAAAAGAAGAAGGGAACCUAUAGCUUGCUUUGUAGGAUGAGGCUCAGUUUUGGACACUGUACCUUUUUAGUUUUUGCGCCAUUUUUAUUAAGGAAAGAAAAAAAUCCAACUCAAGUUUUGUCAAAGAUGAAGGAUGUGAAUAGAGGAUGAUCUCUUUCUCUCAUAAUGGGUCACAUUCAAGCAUUCACACUAAGCCUGUCGAGUAUGUGUGGAUGAGAGAGAGACAUUCUCUUCUAAAAGGUGCUUUGUUGUACCAAACCCUUUGAACGAACCCUCGUUUUUAUUUUUUAAUAUUUACCAUAUAUUAAUUAUUAGACCAUUCCAAAUUAACCUCUUGCAUGUGAAAAUAUGGUAAUGACCAUAAAAAUACCUUCAACUGGAAUCAUUUGAAAAGAUUGUGUCAUGUUGGAGUUUGAUUUGUGUCUCUGCUUUUUUUUUUUUUAAACAGUGGAUCCGGGUUCAGAAAAAGACAUUUGUUACUGUAAAGACAGAUGGAAGUGCAGCGUGAGGGCAUCAGUGUGGAUUUGUGUGCAAGGUGGCGAACAGUGACCACACAUUAAUUAUGUUUUAACUGUAUUAUUUUAAAUCCAGAACUAUAAAUAUUGUACAUAAUGUCAUUUAUUUCUGUAAUCCUGUACAUGUAAUGCAACCACCUUUCUUUUUGAAGGGAGUAAAUGUGUGGUACAUGUUUGUAAAUUACGGUUUCCAUAGCACUUGUUGACUUUCUGUUGUAUGUCAAGGCUCUUUUCAGCGCUAACAUAAAUUGUUUAUAUGUAAUGAAAUGAUGAAUUCAUUCUUACCUGCAUAACUUUGUACAUUUUUUUGUGUGUGUGUGUCUGUAAUGACAUUGUCUCCAUUUUUGUUUUGUUUUGCAUUUGUACAGAUGUGAAAGUUAUCACUGCAGUUACAUUACGGUAUGAAAAAUAAAGCACUUGUUCUGUAACAUA